AUGUUUUCUGCACUGAAAAAGUUAACACGUAGCAAUGAUGAACGCUGCCCGGCUCCUCUACCCAUGUCUUCUUCUUUACAAAAAAAAUUUUCUAGAGGAGUUCAUUAUAACAUGAAAAUACUAAUAAAAGGAGACAGAAAUGUUGGAAAAUCUUGCCUCUUACAACGCCUCCAAGGAGGUUCUUUUAAAGAAGAAUAUACACCAACAGACCAAAUUCAAGUUGCCCCUAUUCACUGGACUUACAAGAAUACAGAUUUUAUAGUUAAGGUAGAAGUGUGGGAAGUUGUUGAUAAAGGGCGCACUAAGAAAAAAGCUCCUUUGGGCUUGAAAUUGGAAAACCAGACUGUUCCCAUACCAGAUGAAGGUCUUGAGACACCAGUAUUAGAUGCUACUUUUCUUGAUGUGUACAAAAAUGCUACUGGUGUUAUAUUGAUGUUGGAUAUUACUAAACCCUGGACUUUUGAUUAUGUUGUCAAAGAGCUCGGCAGGAUUCCAGCUGAUAUGCCAGUAAUGUUACUAGGCAAUCAUUGUGAUAUGCAACAUCACCGUCAAGUCCACUCCCAUCACAUUGAACAAGCAUUACAUAAUGCUAAAAUGACAAGGACUGCACCUAUUCGGUAUGCAGAGUCAUCAAUGAGAAAUGGUUUUGGUUUACGAUUUCUGCAUAAGUUCCUCAGUGUACCAUUUUUAAGACUGCAGAAGACAAGUUUACUGGAACAAUUACAAAGAAAUCAGAAAGAUAUAGAAGAGGUGGAACAAGAACUCAAUGAUUUUCAGAAAUCUGAUGAAUGCCACUACAAUACGUUUGUGGAGCGACUUGCAAACAAACGCCGUCAAAGUACUGAAACCGAGCCGCGGAUUAACGACAGGUCGCCGAGUAUUGUACUAGGCGCCGGGAAGCCCAUAGUACCGCCUAGUGUUAACCCACUCAUAGCCCAAUCGCUAAACGCGCCUCCAAAGCCACCAUCUUCUGAAGAGAAACCAAAACAGACAUCAUAUGUGAGCCAAGAGUUAACGAAUCCUAAAAAUAAUCAAGUCAGCAUGGACACCACGCCCUCGCGAAUACCACAGGAGAGUGGUCCAAGCACUCCAUCAGCAACAAACAUGUCGGUAUCAUCUUCGGGUGCCCUUGAUGAGUUUUACGCAGGUACAUUGGACACCAGCUUUCUGGAAGAUCUGGCACCUGUUAAUAACUCACAAGAUGUACAGGAAGAUAGCGAGAGCGAUGAAGAAAACACCAUAAAUCCAAGGGUUAUCAUAGACCAAGACGACCUUGACAUAGAUAGUAGUGAAAUUAAACCUGUGGUCACAGACUAUAAUACAGAUGAUAGUCUUGCAAACAUGUUUAAGCAAGCAACAAUAAGUAAAAAAGGGGAGGAAAGUUUAAGAAAUAUGUUUAAAAGUGAGGGUAGUUUGGAAAUUGAGGAUCAAAAUGAAGAGUUAUCUGUGGAAGAGGAGAAAAAUGUUAUUGCGCCAGAGUUAAGUGAGUACCCACUGUGGGCUGGCGAUUACAGUGCAAGGCGAUCACCUGAAGGGGGAGAAGACCCAGAGCCUACACCUAAAGAACCAGAUCAAAAGGAAAAGAAACAUAAAAAAAAGAAAUCGAAGGACAAAGACAAAGGCGACUACAGCGACCGCUCAGAAAAGAAAGAGAAGAAACACAAGCGAAAGAAGUCACGAACAGAGAAAAAUGGAAAUAGCCAACAAGGACUUUUGGCCCCAACUGUGGCGGAAUUUAAUUAUGAAGAAUACGAUAGCAUUUAG